UCGGCAUACGUCACAGUGUUGUUGCGGAAGUGCCGGGAAACGCUGUGUGUGUGAUUUUUGACAGCUUGCAUUCAUCCUCCGGAGCAGAUAUCCAGCAACGGUUAAGUGGUUGUUGCGCCGUCGUUUACGUGAUUAAAAACUGAGUUAUGGCGGCUCUGAAAUACGCAGGUAUGGACGACACAGACAGCGAGGACGAGUUACCUCCCGGGUGGGAAGAGAGAUCCACGAAAGAUGGUUGGGUCUACUAUGCAAACCAUGAUGAGAUGAAAACACAGUGGGAACAUCCCAAGACAGGAAAGAAGAAACGUUGUGCUGGAGAUUUACCGUAUGGUUGGGAACAAGAAACUGAUGAGAAAGGGCAGAUCGUUUAUGUUGACCACAUUAACAAGCGGACCACAUACUUUGACCCGCGACAGGCAUUUACAGUUGAGGAUGUGAUCAUCAAGCCAAAACGUUACGACGGAAACACUUCUGCUCUGGAGAUCCUGCAGGGUCGUGACUUCUCUGACAAGGUUAUCGUCAUAACUGGAGGCAACUCUGGCAUUGGCUUCGAGACAGCCAGGUCUUUCGCUCUGCACGGUGCCCACGUGAUCCUGGCGUGUCGAAAUCUGUCCCGGGCCGGCAAGGCCGUCAUCUCCAUACAGGAGGAGUGGCACAAAGCAAGAGUUGAAGCCAUGAUGUGCGACCUGGCCUCGUUCCGCAGCGUCAGGGAGUUUGCUGACUCUUUCAAGGCCAAGAAACUGCCCCUGCACAUUCUGGUGUGUAAUGCAGGAGUGUGCACUCAGCCCUGGAGCCUGACGGAGGACGGCCUGGAGUCCACCUUCCAGGUCUGCCAUCUAGGACACUUCCUGCUCGUCCAGUGCCUGCAGGAUGUGCUGCGUCGUUCGGCCCCCGCACGUGUUGUGGUGGUAUCCUCCGAGUCCCACAGGUUCACAGACCUACUAGACUCGUGUGGCAAGGUGGACCUGGCCCUGCUGUCACCGGCAAAGAAGAACUACUGGUCCAUGCUGGCUUACAAUCGGGCCAAACUCUGUAACAUCCUCUUCAGCAACGAGCUCCACCGCCGCCUCUCGCCUUAUGGCGUCUACUCCAACGCAGUGCAUCCUGGGAACAUGAUGUACACCUCCAUUCACCAGAGCUGGUGGCUGAUGACCUUUCUCUUCACACUGGCCAGACCUUUCACCAAGUCUAUGCAACAAGGGGCGGCCACCACCGUGUACUGCGCCGUGGCUCCGGAGCUGGAAGGGCUGGGCGGCAUGUACUUCAACAACUGCUUCCGCUGCCUGCCGUCCGUCCAGGCUCAGGACCAGAGCAGCGCCGCCAGCCUGUGGGAGCUGAGCGAGCGGCUAGUCGCAGAGAGGCCUGCAGGCAUACAGGCCCUCUGAUGGACAGAGGAGGAGGAGGAGGAGGAGGAGGAGGAGGAGGAGGAGGAGGGGGACAAGCCAAAUCAAAGAGGAAGGAUGGCAGGUCAGGGUGAUGUCCAGUUAGGUGUGAACUGAAUAUAAGGUAACUGUACUCUGACUGUACAAUACAAGAGAGCUGCCAAACCACAGAAGUCCAUCUGGAUAUGUCACGUCACUACGGGGGCUAAAACACACUCACAUAUACAGUACAGGAGGGGGGUUCAUAUACACUCUCUUGAAUAAAUAAACGUUUAAGUUGUGUUCAGCUCUGCUGUGGUAGUUUACAAUGGGAGGUUGGGGGGGACGGGAGAAGAUCUGGUCCGAAUUCAGGGAUCUCUAAAAGUUUCUUCUGUCUCUGUUCUGUCGAUAACUCUCUCAAGUCUUCUGUCUGUUUAAAUGAGCAAAGUUCAAAGAAGCUAAUGACCUGUUCAGUUGCAGGGUUAUCUAAUAAGCAUACACACUCUGUGGCAUAUGCAUCUGUUUCCAGCAAUAGUGCUCUGCGUGACAAACGUUGCGUCUCCCCAGUUAACGUCUGUAUAUUCAGCAUCGUCUCGUCUAGUUUCUACGUAGAUGUGGAUGUUUCCUAUCGAGAUACAGAGAGCGGUGGUUAAUCUUUGUGCUAAAUCUUUUUUUUUGGGCGUAGAAGAAAUAAGGAGUAAUGGGCAUGUGACACUCAUGGAUAUAUAAACACACUAGAGGUAUGAUUCUUAUGGCUAUAUACAUUAUUCUGCAAUACUUUUAUUUCUUAUCAAUUUCCCUAUUCGUUUUCUGUACACAUAUUUACAAUAUCCUGAUUUCUGGGCAUGUGCUAAAGGGGUGUGGACAUCAUUUUUCUUUUUUUUCUCCCUUUUUUUUGACUCAACCUACGUGUUAAUAAUCUAAACUCUGGUCAGUCUAAAUUACAAUUUGGAGGUAUUUCUGGGAUGAUCUGUGUCCAUUUGAAUAACAAAUGCAGAUGGUGGAGAAUCUUGUUUCCAGGAGUCCGGGAUCUUUAAUUUCUGUGUUUCUUCCCUUGUUGUCGUGAUUUCAGUCUCCUGCUAUUAUUUUUUUUAACAUCGUUGUGUUUUUUUCUUUAAUAUUGAUCUCGUGGCUUCGGGGUCUUGCCGUGGAUUGGUUGCCCUGAAGCCGCUGUUGGGACGCUUUUGAGACAUUGUGCUUUAUGGCAGUCUGGGUGCUGUAGGUUGCUCUUGAAACAUCAGCAUUCCAGUGUCAUGAUAUCUGUAAAAGAAAAAAAGAAAAUGAGACGUUUAAUAAAAAUCUGUUUCGCAGUAA